AUGACUACCAAAGAGGAUGACGAGGAUGGCAAAGAUCACGGUUUCAACGUCAACUUUUUUCGUCGUUUCUGGAGGCUUCAACAUCUUCUCUUUCCUGGAGUGUUUUCACUACCACUAGGAUUAUUUUCAUUACUACUUUUGGUGGCUCUUUUAGACGAGUUCAUAAUUUAUGGUGUUGGUCUGAUACCUAGUGGCUUCUACCAGGUUUUGGGGGAAAAGGACCUUCCUGGUUUCAUUAACCAGACUCUUAGAAGUGUGGGGAUAAUUCUAGCAGUAGCAGUCAACAAAGCCAUCAAAACAUACAUUUCUCAGGUUCUCAACUUGACUUGGAGACAACUUCUCACCAGAGCUGUCCAUCGUCUUUAUUUUACUGACAUCAACUACUACCAGCUGAAUGUUCUUGAUAAAUUUGUAGACAAUCCGGACCAGAGAAUCACUGCAGACAUCAACAUUUUGUGUCUUGUAUUUAGCAGUGUUGCCAUAAAAGUUGUAGUUUCUCCUUUUACUAUUGCAUAUUAUAGCUACAAAGCCUAUGUUGGGACAGGAUGGGUUGGCCCAACAUCAUGUUUCCUUUUUUUUAUUGUUGGAACGUUUGUGAACAAGUUGCUCAUGUCACCUAUUGUGGCUUGGGUGGUAAGAAACGAACGCAGGGAGGGUGACUUUAGGUACAAACAUAUGCAAAUUAGGAGUAAUGCCGAAUCGUUGGCUUUCCUGACUGGCGCUAGACUAGAAGAAUCGAAAACCAAUAAUAAACUAGACUUGCUGCUUACAACUCAACACAGCCUCUAUGGCCGGCAGUUUUUCCUCAAUUUGGCCGUCAACAUGUUCGAUUAUCUUGGCAGCAUAAUCAGUUACUUGGCGCUGGCCGUACCCAUCUUCUCCGGACGCUAUGACGGACUCUCAUCCGCUGAACUCAGUGCUCUCAUCAGCCAAAACGCAUUCGUCUGUAUCUAUCUCAUUUCAACGUUCAGCACUUUGGUUGAUUUAUCUUCGAGUGUCACUCAGCUUGCCGGUGUCACUCAUCGUGUUUCCGAGCUGAUUGAACGACUUCAACAGCUAUACGACCGGAGUGAUGCCGAGACUCCAGGGGAUCUGAAAGUGGUCAGCGUUGGCAAGAAAAAUUCUGUCGGCACGAUGGACGACAUGAAACAAGAGGGCUAUUUAAUGGAGGGCGUAGCAUUCAAAGCGCCCGGCAGAAGCGAAGACCUAGUCAAGGAGUUGUACUUGCAUUUGAGACCAGGUGAAAGCCUACUCAUCACUGGCAGCAGCUCGGCAGGGAAAACAAGUUUACUGCGGUUGUUGCGUGGACUCUGGAAACUCAAUCGUGGUACCUUGACUGCCCAUUGCACACCCGGACCGUGUGGCGUUCUGUUUCUACCUCAGAAACCUUAUUUGACAGACGGCACGCUUAGGGAACAGAUUACGUUUCCCCUGAGCGUCGAUUUGGACCUGAUUCCUAAUGACGAAACGGAAGAAUUGCUCAGUUACCUACAUAAGAUGAAGCUUGAUGGAUUGAUGACUCGCAUUGGUGGCUUGGAUCGGCCAGCCGAAUGGAAUUGGUAUGACGUACUUUCACCUGGCGAAAUGCAGCGCUUGUCCUUCAUCCGCUUGCUGUACCACAAACCUGCCAUGGCAUUCUUAGAUGAAGCUACCUCCGCCUUGGAUAUGGAAAUGGAACAGUUGCUGUACAGCGCUGCUGUUGACAAGGGCAUAACUCUAAUUAGUGUCGGCCAUCGUGAGUCACUUCGUGCCUUCCACAAAAACUUGCUGCACCUCAAAGGCGAUGGUAGUUGGACACUGGAACCGAUACGUCCCCAUAGCCAAGAGCUUUCCAGUUAAAAUUUUGACAUAAAUCGACAAAGCGGACCAGCUGCAUACAAUUAUUUGAUAAGAUUAGUUUUAUUUUUUAAACAGUGUAAUAUAGCAUUGGGGGAAAAAAAUAGAAGUCCCAGAAGUAGGCAUUUUACUGGA